UCAUGCAGACACGUACAAACACCAGAACCCACAACAUACCAUUAACACCACUCUGAGCGGUGCAAAUGAAAGAGACGACCUCCAACAAGUGGUGACGUACAGAGAACAGGAAAAUAAUGCCCCUGCAGCCUUGUCGGUGAGAAAGGAGGAGAGAAGUUUUGGGGGCAGGGAAGACAAGAAGGGAGGGAAGAGAAAAAAUUCUCAUCUGACACAAACAGUGGGCCAAAGAAAGGGGAAGAGCUGGAGCAGCUCGGCCCAGAACGAGUGGAAAAGGAGUGUAAAGAACUCAAGGCAGAGGGGAGAGGAGCCGGGAGUGGAGCGUGAAGGUUUUAGAGGGGAAAUCAGGAGGGGCCCUUUUGUUUUAAGAGAGAACACAAUGUCGACGCUGUCGUCUGAAAACAGCCCUGAGGAUGUCAACAACCGCAGCUUCUGGAUGCCUGGGAACUACCAACGCACCGUAAAGCGAACAGAAGAUGCUUUCCAGGCCUGCAAUGACAUCGUAGCGUGUUUCCAAGAAAGAGCACGUGUGGAGAGGCAGUAUGCUCAGCAGCUCGGGGAAUGGAGCAACAAAUGGAAACCAGUAGUGGACUCCAGUCCUCUUUACGGAUCUCUUCUCAAAGCCUGGCAGUGUUUCCUGUCCUCCGCUGACCGGCUGGCCUCUUUACACGCCUCCAUCUGUCGCUCCCUGGUGUCGGAAGACGCAGACCGGGUCAGGACCUGGCAGAAGGACACCUUUCACAAGAAGUUAUUUGGAGGCUUCAAGGAGACUCAGGACAUUGACACCGGGUUUGCACGUGCUCAGAAACCGUGGGCCAAGCGCCUUAAGAAGCUUGACAAAGCCAGAAGAGCGUACCAUAAGGUUAGCCGAAAAGAGCAUGCAGCCAGGGAGCGAGAGGCUCACGCUCAGGGAAACCCGGAUGUCGCCAUCGACAAACAGAAGAAGAUCCAGGAGGAGAGAGAACGGGCUCAGCAGGAGGCUGAGAAGGUCCGUGCUCGGUAUGAGAAGGUUCUGGAGGAGGUUAACAAGUACGUUCCUCGCUACAUGGAGGAGAUGGAGGCCAUUUUUGAUCAAUCACAGGACGAAGAACGCAAGAGGAUCACGUUUCUGAAGCAGGCCUUCCUCUCCAUCCACAAACAUCUGGACGUCACCAGCAAUGAGAGCGUGGUGGGCGUGUAUGCUGAGCUCCACAACACGCUGAUGGGCAUCGAUGACCAGGAAGACCUUCGCUGGUGGAAAAACACUCACGGACCCGGCAUGCCGACCGACUGGCCGGAAUUCCAGGAAUGGAUGGUUGAAAAGAAAACCAAAAAAGGGAAGAAAGAGGUGGAAAGGAAAGAAACAAUAGACAAAGGGGUGAUGAUUGGAGGAGUGAGAGUCAGAGCUCUGUAUGAUUAUGCUGGGCAGGAAACUGAUGAGCUGUCCUUUAAAGCAGGUGAGGAGUUUUUGAAGAUCGAGGAUGAGGAUGAUCAGGGCUGGUGUCGGGGGAAGAAGGAUGAAGGGUGGGAGGGGCUUUACCCAGCCAACUAUGUUGAGGUGGUAUAGUCACCAGCAUACUUACUUGUGGUGUGAUUUGAUAUCCAAAUGUCAAACAGGUUAUGCUGCUGAAUCAACAAGCUGUCAGCCAAAGAUAAAAACAUCUUUAUUUUUACAUGCAGAUAUUUGUAAAAAUGAUGAAAUAAAAGACCUCCAGGCUUGUAGUCUCCUGGGGGGCAUUCAUAAAUGUUCCAAUACAUGUGUGGCAAGGUGGAGAAACAAGGGACCGGGCGGGAUUUGAUCCCCAGACUCCUGGGUGAGGGUCCCGCAUGCUAACCAGUCAGCCAAAGGGACGUCCCCUUGACCAAGUAGCCAGGGCGCAUGAUCAACCGGGACACUGUGACAGGACGCUCACACUGCCACACAUGUAAAACUGAUGCACGAACCACUAUGGAAGCCACUUUCACACAUGUUUUAUUGUAACCUUGUAUUGUAUUGGGGUGUGAAUGAACGAUAAAGUUAAGUUGGUGUGCAAAUUGCAUUGCUAGACUGAUAUAGUUAUUAUAUUUUAUUUGCACAUUCACAAAAUAAAAUACUCACCAAACCUUGUGACAUGAAGUAUAAAGAAAUCGAGAUGAAAUUGACCUCAGUCAGAUGUAUAAAUGAUGUCUUUUCUCUGGAUUUAAUUGUUUUGAAGGUUGAAAACCACAAACAGUGUUUUAAGGUUUGAUCACAUAUAAACAGAUUAUUUUUCACUGCUUUUGUUUGAGAGAUAAACAAAUAAUGACCCUAAAGCAGAGCCUUGGUGCUCAUUUACACAACUGAAUAAAAACUGAAACUUGUGUUUGUGGAAAAAUAACAGAAACACACAAAUUGGAUUGAAGAGUGCCAAACCAAGCAAACAUUUCUAUGAACACACUCCUCAGUUGGUUAGCAACAGCCGUUGCGAAACACCAGGCCGGGUUUUUAUGACAUAUUUAGCUUUAAAUAGUACAGAAGAUUAAAAGAGUAGAAAUACAAAGAUUUUAACAGCAAGGUUUUCUGUUGAAUGACUCAUUAAAAAUGUCUCCAGGUUCCCACAUCAUAAGUUGAGCUGACUAGCCUCCGCAGGUUUGGCUUGAUGGGUUCAAAGCUGAAAACCUGAUUUAGAUGACUGUCGCAGGACGGUACUUCUGGAAUAAAGAGCUGUUAGAAAUCCUCUUGAUGUAUCAUUAUAUUUGUUCCCAGUGAACAAAGAGGAAAUUACUGACUGACACAGAUCUUCAGUCACAUUGCUGACAUGUCACGCUGGUCCUCCAAGGAGAUGUGGUCACAGAAAGAAUCCUAUUAACCAAAUAAAGAAACAGCUACCAGCAAAUGUUA